AUGAAGCGCAUAUUUUACCAAGAGGAUUACAGGAAAUACAAGCAUGUCAAGAAAGAGCUAACACGAUACAGUGAGGAGACAAUGCUCGACGUUUCCCGUCGAAAUUAUGUUCUCCUGCUUUCACGUAAUCAACACUCGAACGGAAUGAAGCUUUUUCUUCCCUUGAUGUUGGCUGAAUCGAUGGGGCGAUCAUCCGACCGCGCAGCUUAUCAAAUAAUGUACCACUUUAAGCAUCAUACAGAAUUCCCAGUGACAACUACACAAUAUGGCGGCCAAAGAAUUGUUUCGACGGCCAUGACAGUGGGCGGGGUUUAUUUUUGGGAUGAAACGGUACCGGCCUACCUGUACAUUAACGCAACUACACGACCAGACGGCGACUACUCUCACCUGACUGACAGUCAGCAGAAAAAAAAGUUUAAUGGUGAGAAGGCGAAAAUAGCCGCAAAGGAAUAUUUGAGUGACACUUCUUUGUCCAAAACGGUUGUGUCGCAAAAAUAUGGCAUAUCACUUUCAACUUUAAUUGACGCCAUAAAAAGACUCAAGCGUGAACGAGAGGUUAGCGAAGGGCAAAGCGGAAUAAUAAUGGACUACAAAACAGCCCCUGAUCCACAAACCAGGAAGCGAGUAGCAAGUGUUGCAUUGCUCAAUGUACUCAAUUCUCCAGUUUCGCCCUCGAAACGGUGUAAACUGAUCUCCCAUGCCGCUUUCAAAUACAACAUUCCAGAAAGGACUCUAAGAGAUAGAUUGAAAGCUUUGAAUCCCAGCCUUUCGAAAUCAGCAGAGGGGACACGCAGGCGGAAGUUGACACCUGCCGCAGAGCAAUUCUUGACCACGUUUUACGCUAUAUGCGAUGCUAGGAACACCCAGAUGACUGUGAAACAGGCAGAUGCGAUUUGCAAACUCAUGGCUGAAACUACAGGCGAGUACAGUCUUUUCAACUUUCAACCAGGUCCCGAUGGAGACAUGAGUCUAUCCAGGUUUUUGGCUGAUCGAGAAGUGCAGUUAGGGAAGAGCUUUGGAUGGAGAUUCAGGCUGAGGAACGGUUUCUCAUCUUCUAAGCCAAAGAGAAUGGACUCUAAUCGAUUGAAUGCCUCGAAUGUAAAUAACAUAGCUAUGUGGCUAAGCGAUGAAGCUUACCGCAUCCUGUCUUGUACACCUCGAGAGCUCAUAUAUAAUGCAGAUGAGAUCGGGUUUGCCCACACAAUUGACAACUCCAGCAGGCACUCCCGGUAUGUGUCUGUAAACGUGCCCAAAAGUUCUGGAGGAAGGGGCGUCAUCUAUAAAGUCAAGGAAAAAGAUGAGAAUUUGAAGACGUUGACAACCGUAACAGCAUGUGUUUCUGCAGCCGGUAAAAUUAUUCCACCAAUGGUCACAGCAGCUUCUUCGAUAGCAAAAAGCAGGACUGAUUGUGUUACGAGCAAUAGCAGAUUCGAAUGUAAUGCACAACAGAAACUUCAUCCGGAGGCAGGUAGAAAUGUCAGAACAAUAUUUACUCAGAAUGGAUGGAACAAUUCUAGGGCAUUCAUGGAAUAUAUAAAGUGGUUUGACUACCAGACCAGAGAAGCUGCUACAGUUUCAGGUGGUGAUAGCUCGCAAGCUCACUUAAGAAAGCGGGUUUUGAUUGUUGACAACCAUUUUUCGCACUAUGGGAGAGCAGUGUUGGAUUAUGUCACUGAAAAUAACAUACUACUAUUACUAUUACCGCCAAAUACCACACAUAUACUUCAGCCUCUGGAUGUUGGGGUUUUCAGCUCAUUUAAAAAACAGGUUAGAACGCUGGCGACAGAAUGGUGUCCUCAACCAGAAAUCGGACUAGAUGGAAAAUCAAGAUAUGGCCACUUCGAUAUUCUCUGCAACUUCGUUAAUGCUCUUUUUCACGUCACAAAAAAUAGCUUUAACCCUGCAACGAUCGUUCAAGCAUUUAAUAAUGCUGGUAUCUACCCACCAGAGAAAGCGCUAUUCAAUCCUGCAGUGAGGAAAGUAAUGAAACACUUUGACGGGCAUGCAAAGUUGAAGAAUAUCUUCCUGACAAAUAUUCUGCCUUUAACAGAGAGCUCAUUACGAUCAUCGAGAUCUAUAAGCGGAGCACAGAUUAAUGGCUCUUCGCAAAAUUCGCGGAAUUCCCAAGUUAUUCCUCUAGUUGACAGUAAUGCGUUCUUCAUUGGAGAAGAAGAAAUAGAAAGUUUGGAUUACCUGGGGGUCAAUACAGCGGAGAUUUUAGCUCGCUCAGAUGAGGUUGAGGAGAGUCGACCAGACUCAACUAAACAAACCACUUCUAAAGAGGAACAGCAAAUUAGAGCUAUCGAUGAAGCCUCUCUAGUUGACCAUGACUUCAUAACCAAGUUUACAUUUGAAGAUAUUUUGCAGAUGAUCACUAACUCAAUGAACGGUGAUGCCGUGGAUAAAGAGGUUUCCUUAAUUCCUAAACUAAUAAAACGCCUCGAUAGCUGUUCAACGAUCGCUUUCAGCAGUAAAUCACAUUUUACUAUUACGAAGGAAAUAUUCUUGGAGCAGCAGUCAAACGUGAUCGGGAUUGUUAUGUAUCUAAUCUACUUUGGAGCAUGUUUCCUUGGAGUAAGAGAACAGGCAAAAAUAGAGGAUUCCUUCCAUAUUUUCGAAGGCAAUAACCGCCCAGAAAAACACAUACAUUCUUGUACAUCUGGGGCACCGACAGUUGACAUAUUACGAGACAUAUCAAAGAAGCAAUUUUUCAAGCUUUUCCCAAAGAUAUCCAAUAAUAUAGACCGCGACCUUUUCAAGAAGCUUUCCACCAUUCAACAGGGACGUGCAGACACAUCUUCUAUUAGUCAAGAAGUUAUUAACACACUUGGUUCCACUGUGUGGGACUUUUUGAAAGACAUGCUGAAAAACGAGCACUCAGUAUUGGCCACUCAGCCUGAAGAGCUCAAAACCCGUGUACUCAACACCGUCAUAGAUUCGCCCGCAGCCCUGGCCAAAGCGGCCACCAUACGCACGAUAUUUGGGCAAGAUGGAAAGAUUUCACUCAGCAAAAACGAUUUCCCAAUAAUCUCCAAGAUAGAGAGUGUGAGCGUUCUUCCGCAAGAGCUCAUUGACGUCAACCUCACCGAUGACCAGUUUGCAUCAAAACUCGCGUCCCUGCGGGAAAUCGCAUACCAAACAAUGCAGGACAUGGUUGACCGCGAAACAGGCGGCAACAGCGACGACGAAGACACCCUGGUAGAGGACACCUCGCUGGAAGAAGAGGAUCGGGACCAGAAGCUCCUACAAGACUGGUUUUUGAUCUACCACGUUGACAAUGUCGCGGCCCGUAUCAUUAAAGCACGUGAAAACAAAGCUCUACAAAGACAGAAUGCGGAAUAUCGCCGGCAAAUCGAGCAUCUUUCCCAAAUCAUAUCGGGUAUGACAUCUCACAUACGAGAUCAAGAAAUGCACUUAAGACCGCUCCGGAACCCCUUUGAUUCCCCAAUUCCUUCCAGAACGCUUAUGUAG